AUGUACGAUUUGGGGAAAAAGUCCAAGUUUGUUGUAUUAGUAGUAGACCUGUCCGAUGCUGUACUUAUGAGCGAAAAUGAGCCUAUUACUUUGGAGGCGCUGAAAAGUGAUGUCGCGGAGGCCUUGGGAGUGGAUGCUAAAGUGAAAGUGAUCGAAACGAUAAUGUCGAGUUACACUGGUCUUCUGAGGGCACCCAUCGAGACCGACGAUGACCUUGCUGAUUUGUAUGGUGCUGUGCAUUGUUGUGAGAAUGCGAGCAGUGGUGGAAAGAAAAGAGCAUCGAAGGCUGAUCUACUAAUUCUCCAACUCAGAGAUGAAUACGAAGUUACUAUCGAUGGUCACUUGAAAGAGAUAGAAAUGCUCACAGGAGAGAAAAGUAAACUUGAGGGGAAAUUGAAGACUAUGGAGCAGGAAAUGGUUGAACUGACUGGACAGUUGUCACACAAGUUGGAGGCGGCUGAGAAGGACAUCACUAAACGAGUGAAAAGCGAAUUUGAUGAGAAACUGAAGGCAUAUGAAAAUGAGGUUGCUGAGAAGGAGAAGAAAUUUAAGGCGCAGCUGAAAGAGAAAACACAACAAAUUUUGGUCCAACAACAGGAGGUUAAUCUCGAACUCUUAUUUUCUGAUGCGGACUCUUGCUGUUGUAGAUGA